GGAGAAGAUUCGUGAAUGACAGAAUGGUGCUAUGAUAUGGUAUCCUGGGGAAUCAGAUUCAGAUCCUUGUGCAUAAUAACAUGUGGACUCUACCAGAAACCUCUGGAGCAGCAUUUAAAUUCUGGCCAGUGCUGCCUGCCUGCAGCCAGCCAGCAGAGGAGGCAGACAAGAACAGCAUCGUCUCGGACUGGAUUCCUCUCCCUCUGCAAAAAGCAAGGACCAACAACAACCAUGAGGACUGUAGUGAUUUGCCUUUGCCUCCUGGGCAUCGUCUCUGCUUUUCCGGUGAAGCAGACUGACUCUGGCAGCUCCGAGGAAACCCAUAAUGCUGUGUCCACUGAAGACUUCAGCCAAGAGACCGCCCCCAGCUCGUCCAAUGAGAGCCCAGAACACACGGAUGACGCAGACGACAGAGAUGGCGACUCCCUGCAGGACGCCCUGGACUCCCACAACUCGGACGAAGAUGACGACGACGAUGAAGCUGAGGACACCGACAGCUCAGACGAGUCUCACCACUCCGAUGAGUCUGAUGAGACGACCACCGAGUUCCCCACGGACAACCCUGCCACCAUAGUCUUCACCCCAGCUUUCCCCACGGGAGACUAUGAUGGCCGCGGGGACAGCGUGGCCUAUGGACUGAGGUCAAAGGCCAAAAAGCUGCAUCGCUUGGACGUGCAGGAGACAGAGGAAGACCUGACUUCAUACAUGGAGAGCAGGGAGGGGGGUGACCCCCACAAGGUUGCCAAGCACCUGCAGGUGUCUGCUACCUGGGACAGCGAUCCAUCCCCGGGAAAAUCCGGAGUGAGCCACGAAUCCCACAGCCUGGAAAACAGCCUCCCCGUGGAGCCUCAGAGUCAGGAAGACAGACAGCUGAAAUUCCGUGUCUCUCAUGAACUAGACAGUGCUUCAUCUGAGGUCAACUGAAGAGAGAAGAGAACAGUUUCUCACUCUGCUUUCAAAAAUCCAUUGCUGCAGGGUGGGAGAGAAUAUGAAUACUCCUUCACCAGAUUAAUUCAUAAAUCUGUAUGCGUGUGGAUCUAGAAGUAGGUAUUUCUGUUCAUUCAUACGCAGCUUCAUUCCACACCUUGUAAACUAAGAGCCUCAGUGUUGGGUAUUAUCCUUCCAGAUAAUAAAAUGAAAACUAACUGUGUGUCAGUGUGUGCGAUUCUUGUUAGGAAUCGCUAUUUAGAGACGUCAAUAAAAUUAUCUUUGUAGAAGCACACAGAAUAUGUUCUGUGCUUUUAAGAGAGAAGAUAAAAUGUAUGUCCCUAUAAGCCUGUGUUUUAAAGUUGCCGUUUGUUAUGUUGUGAUUGUUUUGUUUCUGUGAAUAAAUCUUAUGUCUUGGAUGUAAUGA